AGUUGUUUGGAAUGCCCAGUAACACAGAAAUAUCAUAUUUAAACAAGGAUUCUUCUGUAUUUGUGAUCAGUGUAUAAUAUUGAAGCAAGUGUGACUAUUCGCAAGAUGUUCAAGAUUACAUUCGUGCUAGCAGUAGUCGUGAUGACGACGGUCACUGCCCAGUUCGGUGGUGGGGGCGGCAGACAAGGCUUUGGCGGUGGUGGUUUCGGGGGCCGUGGUGGAGGCUUCGGAGGCCGGGGAGGAGGCUUCGGCGGCCAAGGAGGCUUUGGGGGGCCCGGAGGAGGCAACUUCGGCGGGGGAUAUGGACGCCAAGGCGGCGGAUUUGGCGGCCAGGGAGGAUAUGGAAACCAAGGAGGAUUUGGACAAGGUGGAUUCGGCGGAGGACAGGGAGGUUUCGAUCAAGGAGGCUUUGGACAAGGCGGGUUCGGAGGAGGGCAGGGAGGUUUUGGUCAAGGAGGCUUUGGGGGACAAGGAUUCGGUGGCCAAGGAGGAUUCGGUUUUUAAUUUAGACGGCAACGUCUAAAAACUAAGGACUUGAAAUAAAACAUUGUGAUAGUAACAUAUUAUAUU